AUGGGCUCAUGGGGGCUUGCGGGCCUGAUUCUAGCCCUGUUCCUCUUCGCCACGUGGGCGGCAGCCGCCGAUCGCCGCCGCCGCCGGCUGCCGCCCGGCCCGCGCCCCUGGCCGCUUCUCGGGAACAUACCCCAGCUCGCAGGCGGCGGCGCCUCAGCGCCACACCGGUCGCUCGCCGGCCUUGCCCGCCGCCACGGCGCCGUCAUGACGCUACACCUCGGCGCCAUGACCACGGUGGUGAUCUCCUCCAGCGCGGCGGCGCGAGCCGCGCUCCGGCGCCACGACGCCGCCCUCGCCGGCCGGCAGAUCUACGACUCCAUGCGCGGGGAGGUCGGGAACGAGGGCUCCCUCAUCACCGCCCAGUACGGCCCCCGCUGGAGGGCCCUCCGGCGGCUCUGCACGGCGGAGUUCUUCGCCGCCGCCCCCCUCGACGCCAUGCGCGGCGUCCGAGAAGGUUGCGCCGCCCGGAUGGUGGACCACAUCCGUGCCGCCGCCGCCGCAGGCGGCGGCAUCGACGUCGGCCGGUUUUUCUUCCUGAUGGCGUUCAACCUGAUCGGAAACCUAAUAUUCUCGAAGGACCUACUGGGCCCGGAGUCGGAGAGAGGGUCGGAGUUCUUCUACCACGCCGGGAAAGCGACGGAGUUCGCCGGAAAACCCAAUGUCGCCGAUUUCUGGCCGGUUUUGAGGCGGGUCGAUCCGCAGGGGAUCCGGAGGAGGACCCAAUUCCACGUGAAACGGGCUUUCGACGUGGCGGGCGAAUUUCUCAGGGAGCGGAUGAGUGAGACUGCAAACGGGUCGGGUCUUGGGAAAAAGAAUGAGAAGAAAGAUUAUUUGGAUGUGCUUUUGGACUAUAAAGGCUGUGGCUUUGAAGAAGGUGUUAAUGGGUUUUCUUCAACCGUCAUCAAUGUUAUUGUCUUCGAGAUGUUCACUGCCGGAACCGACACCACCACCAGCACACUCGAGUGGGCCAUGGCCGAGCUCCUCCACAACCCGGAAACCCUCCAUCGAGCCCAAACCGAACUCCGAGCCACAAUUAGGCCCGGGAAAAAGCUCGACGAACGGGAACUCGACCAACUCCCAUACCUAAAUGCAAUCAUCAAAGAAACAUUACGACUACACCCGCCCCUCCCGUUCUUAGUUCCCCACAAAGCCCUCGAGUCGUGCGAAAUCCAAGGCUUCCACGUUCCCAAAGAAACACAAGUCCUAGUGAACGUGUGGGCCAUCGGGAGGGACCCGACAAUCUGGAAAGAUCCUUUGAGGUUCAAACCCAAUCGGUUUUUGGAACCCGACGUGCCGGAUUACAAAGGGCAACAUUUUGAGUUCAUACCGUUUGGGUCCGGGCGGCGAAUGUGCCCGGCCGUGCCUUUGGCAUCGAGGAUUUUGCCGUUGGCUUUGGGGUCGGUUUUGUACUUCUUUGAUUGGGUUUUGGAGGAUGGGAAGAAAGGUGAAGAGAUGGAUAUGAAGGAGAGGAUGGGGAUUACAUUGAGAAAAGAUGUUCCAUUAAGGGCCAUACCAAUUCCUUAUGAGGGUGUUUAA